GAGCUGCCAGGACCAGGACGCCAGUGAAGGCAUCUCCUAACUUUUCCCACACACACAGACACACACACUGAAAGUUGCUCUCUUUUGGACUGUUAUCCCUGCUGUCGGUGGCUGAACAUGACAACAGACUCACACACGACCUGUCGGUGGUGGUGAUGAAGCGGACGCUACGGACGAGGACGAGGAAAUAAUAAAAAGGGGAAAACAUGCGAGAGGGGAAACUUGUGGAAUGAUGCCCGGGCGACCGCAUCCCUCCCUCCAAAGUUCAGCUAAGACCUACUGGUGGACGUUUGAUCACAUUUUGGAGCCAUCUGACGUUAUAGUCCUCUCCCCUGUUCAUCACCCGUAACCAAGAGGGCCCUGGGUCUUGGAUGAGGAGGCAACUGCCGGGAUGAAGGUGACGGUGACCUUUGGGCAGACGGGGGUGGUGGUGCCCUGCAAGGAGGGCUGGACUGUGAGAGAACUCAUCCAGCAAGCCACGCAGAGAUACAGAAAACUGCUGGAACAGGAAGGAGAAUUCAUGGUUCGGACUCACCAUGUUGAAUACUGUGAUGGGGGCAUUCUGGACCCUGAUGAUAUUCUCAGCGAUCUGGUGGAAGACAAAGACAAGCUGAUGGCGGUGUAUGAGGAACAGGAAGCCCAGCAGAGGGGUGUGGCCAACACAAGCCUAGCCCCCAGCCCUGAGCUCUACCAGACUGAGCUCUCGGCCUUCCAGCCAAUUGCAGGAGGAGAGAUAGAAGUCAAUUCUUCUGUGCUCAAGUCCAACACCCCCCUGCUGGUGAGAAGUAGCAGUGAGUCAGCCCUCAGCCCCCAGGUGACAGAGACCUCCCACAAUGCAGACACCUCUGGAAUGGCAGCCGCUCCCGCCGCGGAGGGGCCUGUAGGGAUGGAGCGAGCCCAAGGCAAACACGCCUUCAGUAGCAGCCUGACCAGAAUAGUGGAGAUCCUGGGAGAGGACAGUCCCUUGGGCAUCCAUGUGGUUCCUUACUGCUCAUCCCUCAGUGGACGGUCUCUGGGUCUGUUCAUCCGUGGAGUGGAGGAGGAGAGCCGCUCCAGGAAGGAGGGCUUGUUCCAAGAGGACGAGUGCAUCGUCAAGAUCAACAACACCAGCCUCAUGGACAAGACGUUUAGCCAGGCCCAGGAAGUCUUCCGCCAGGCGAUGCGUUCCCAAGUCGUCCGCCUGGAAGUAGUUCCCUCCUCCAACAGGGAACGUUUUGAAAAGAGUCUGAUUGGUCAGCUGUUUGGCAACAGCGCCGGUCCUGAUCACAGCCCCAGAAUCCCCAAGACCAAAGCGCCGCCCCCACCCAUCAAAGCCAAACCUGUGUUUAAGCCGCCUGAGAGUCCAGCCAUGCGACUGGCAGAGGAAGCUGCUCCUCCGGACCCUGCUGUCGGUACCCCCAAAGGGAGGAGCGAGAGCCCCCUUCUUAAGAAAAGUCCUGCCCUCUCCAGCUUGGUGGCCAAUAAGAGAGGAGGACGAAGAUUGAGGAUUGACUUAAAGAAAGGUUCCGAAGGUCUCGGCUUUACUGUCGUAACCAGAGACUCCUCUGUUCAUGGUCCUGGUCCAAUUCUGGUUAAGAACAUUUUGACACGUGGAGCCGCUGUCAAAGACGGACGCCUGCAGUCUGGAGACCGCAUACUUGAGGUCAACGGUGUGGAUAUUACAGGCGUGGGCCAGGAGGAGUUGGUGUGUAUGCUACGCGGCACGCGGCAGGGAGAGAGUGUGUGCCUGAUGGUCCUGCGGCCGGAGGAGAUGUUCCUGCCCAGAGAGAUGGAGUUGCCCCGUGUGCCAGGCUCUGUUUGGGAGAGUGGAAAGGAGCAGCUCAUGUUCGAGGUUCCUCUAAAUGACACCGGCUCGGCGGGGCUUGGCGUCAGCCUCAAAGGAAACAAGUCCCGGGAGACGGGAGAGGAUCUGGGAAUCUUCAUUAAAUCCAUUAUACAUGGAGGGGCAGCGUACAAGGAUGGCCGUCUGCAUAUCAAUGACCAGAUGGUAGCUGUGAAUGGAGAGACGCUGGUGGGACGCUCCAAUCAUGUGGCCAUGGAGACUCUCCGCCGGUCAAUGUCACAGGAGGGAAACGCCAGAGGGACCAUCCAGCUGGUGGUGCUGAGGACCCUGAAGGAGCAGCUCGGCGUGUCACCCAAUCGCUCCUUCGACGGCUCCUCUGGUCUGUCGGGGGUGAUGAGACCGGUGAACGGUCAGACAGGAUUGGUCAAUCAUUCCAACGGCCCCAUCCACCCCCCCCUCGUGACAAACACUCUCUAUGAGUCUAAUGUGACCAAUGGGAGUUACUCUCACAUGGACGAGGUAGACGAGGGGGAACUGUACGGACACGAGGAGUUCACGAGCUCUCCACAACACUCGUACCUACAGGAAUGGGGAAACUCUCACAUCUCCAGCCAGGCUCAGCCCCAGACUCCCAGCCAGAGCCAGAGCCAGAACCAGAGCCAGAACCAGAGCCAGCGACAGUUCCAGCAUGUUAAGGCCUCCAAGAGCAUGGACCUGGGUACGACUCAGAACCAGCAGCAAACUGUGGCAGAUGAGAGCAACGUAGGAUCUCUGGUCGGAACCAUUGCAGCUCCGGCGAGUCCCGUAGAACUGGGCCCCACCCUCGGCCUGAAGAAAUCCAGUUCGUUGGAGAGUCUCCAGACGGCCAUGUCAGAGGUGAACAGGAAAAACGAACUCCUCCCUUUCCACCGUCCUCGCCCAAAUAUGGUCAGGGGAAGAGGCUGCAACGAGAGCUUCAGGGCAGCUAUCGAUAAAUCCUACGAUGGGCCGCCUGAAGAUGACGACGAUGAUGGUACGGACCCGAGCUCAGGCCGUGACACCCCCGCCAGCAGUUCAUCUCGCCAGGGAGCGGUGGAUCAGAUAGAGGAGAAGGGCAAAAAGGACAAGAAAAAGAAAGCCAAGACAAAGAAGAAGGAGAAGAACAAGGGAAAAGGGAAAGAGAAAAAGAAAGCGGACGAGCCCGAAGAGACGGAGAAGAAGAGCAAGAAAAUAGGAUUUGGUCUUCUGAGAUUUGGGAAGAAAAAGGAGGAGAAGAAGGAGGCGAAAGCUGCUCUGCAGCGACAGAAGUCGGACAUCCUGAGUGAUCACGAGUUUGAGAGGAUGAAAGAGGAGAGAGAAAGAAUUGAGGCAGGUCACCCUGAGCUGCGGGAGCACCAGUCGAGAGACCAGCAAGGUGGCGGGUCCACGUAUCCAGAUGUUGAGGAUGACGAAGCGGAUCCCAACUACGCCAGAAUACAAAACUUCAGGGAUCGAGAGAUGGGUCCAGUUCCGCAGCAGCUUAGUCAGGCUCCUCCCUACAAUGCAAUUCAGCACAGCCAUGCUCAUGCUGCUUCCCCACAAAACCCCUCUGCCUUUUCUGGACAUGGAAAUCAUGCUAACGACCCCGGAGCCGUCCCUGAUGAUGACCACAUUGACAGGCUGUAUGCCAAGGUCAAUAAACCGAGGGCAGCUGGGUCUACGUCUCCUCCUGCGCCUGCCGCUGUCAAUGACAGCAGUCUGGACAGGAUCCAGCAGCUCAGAAGGGAGUACCAGCAGGCGAGGAGAGAAGGAAUCGUCCCGCCUUAUGAGGAACUGGACCAGCGACGCAGAGCGCACGAAAACGACGCACACAGGAUGCCAGGCAGAGGGGCAGAUCCUCGGAUGGCACCACGUUAUGAAGAGGUGGAGCGACAGUAUGCCUCCUUACCAAGACGGGGUCCGUUGGAUCCGGCUGAAUACCCCAUGCAGCCCUGGGCAGGUCACUACCCCGGACCCCCCCAGGCCCCACAGGGCUACCCUCAGCCCAUGUCCUACCCUAACCCCAACGCCCAGCCUGCUCCGUCUUACUCCGGCUACCCACCCCCUGGCCAGCCGUACCCACGUCCAGGUGACCCACGGGGGGUUGACCCUGCCUACUACCCCCACCCAAGCUCUCAGCAGAGAGGGCCCAUGCGGCAGGACGUGCCCCCCUCCCCCACCCCUCCACUUCGAGGCCUACGGUACGACACGAUGAUGCGUGGAACUGGGGGUGGAGGCUACAGGCACCUGGUGGAUCCUGGUCCGGACCAAUAUAGCUACACUGGGGAGGUAGGAAGACAGCAACAGCAGCCGCAGCACCAAACCAACCCAAGACAGAAGAAUGCCAUGACCGCAGCUGUGUAGACCAAUCACGUCCAGGGAUGAUCAAAAUGAACAGAAUGCUGAUCGCUCUCGAUUGUGCGGCUCCUCUGCUUCCACCGCUCUAAUGAAACAGAGUCCAAACCCCUAAUGGUGCGAAUCACCAUCAUUAUCAGACAUUGUCUACUCUGUUGAAAAGUAUAUGGUUCUACCCAGACGAGGUAAAGGAGGUUAAUUAUAGAGGAGCUGGCUCGAUGCAUAAUGUCUUGUUUGAAGUCAUUUAAAUUGCUUGGAGUCUUCCCGGAGUGUCAAAUUAGCGGGGCUUUUUGCUUUUCACUAUACUCUGAUUAAUUUGUCUCUUUCUAGAAGCAGUCAGAGGCUCAGGUAAUUGGAUCCAUUUAAAUUAAGCCACCAAAGGCACAAAUACAGCUCUGCUCUCUCAUAUUGAAGCUGUCACUUUCACUACGGCCGCUCCGACAGCAAGGCAGAAGAUAAAAUACCCUUAAAUAAGAAUGCAGUAACACACUGACCUCAGUUUCCUGGCCGUUCACAUUCUGAGGCAACAACUUCCACUGAUAAACACAAAUUUAUCAUCAGGACUAAAGCAGCUCAUGUUUACAAAGAAACGUGAAUGUGGGUCUUUUAGUCUUUCUCCCCUGAGGACAAGUUCAGAUGAGGACGAGAGUCGGAAUGACCCCGUGUUUCCAAACAGUGUGGGCAGCCGCAAAUUAGUGUGAAGAUGUCAUUCUUUACUGUGAUGGUAAUGGCUGCUGAAACAGAGGCGUUGUGCAGAAAGUCGGUUUAUCCCUCCGAGCCAAAUCACUACAACAAAAGCUCCACAGAGCAUCGGGAGACGAUGGUUCCUCUGCUGAAUGAAGUGCUCCUUUUGGCGCCGCUUGUUGUAAUUGUUGAAGUGCACCAUAGCACAGUAGAGCACUUGUAUGAAUGAUUAUUCCUGUGUCAUUUUAUGCUUUUAAUAAUGAUGUGAUUGCCUUUUAUUCUUAUCAAACGAAUGUUUCUAUACAUUCACAACCUAGUUCCUGAGUCUGAAACCAUUCAGGCUCACAGCACUAAUGAACCAUCCCAGAAUAUUACUGUUUCAGACCACGUUACAUUUCAAUGAUAAAUCUCAUCUGUAUGUUUUUUUUAUUCCAAGAAUUAUAUGACUGAAGGUUUUUCUACGGACAAUUAACUUGAUUUAAAAAUGAGCCCUUCUUGAAUGUAUGAAAACGAACGGUGUUAUUUCCAUCUAGUUCACAAAGUCAACCAUAGACUGUAGAUAAAGAUGGAGCACGCGUCUCCACUUCCUCCCAGGAUACGAGCGCUGCCAUCUCGAGCUGAUGAUGUCUCAGCUGUCAAUCAUCACAUUUCACCACAAUUCUUAUACCUUCAAAUUAAACUUGCUGGAAGAUAUGAGCACUGAACCUCAUAUCUUCAAGAUAAGAUAAGAACUACUCUAGUUUACAAAAAACAACUUUCAGAAAACCUUACUUGACCUGUAGGCUACUCUGAGAUUUCAUUUCGGUCUAUGACUCAUCCACUGUCAUGCAGGAGGCGGGAUUCCUGCCCUGUACUGCUGUCAGCCACUAGAGGGCGAUCCAGAUGCUUUGGCAUUUCUUUUUGGGGAGCCGCCAUGUCGUCCAUCUUGUUUUACAUCGUAAACUUCUUAUGUUUUGAAUCAUCUCACAAUGAUCUGAGUCUUUUUGGUUUUCUAUCCGACAUAUGAUUGACAAAGUUUGAUCUGAAUAAUAAUAUCAACCCAUAAGCUCUGAUGUAACAGAAGAAGCUCUGCUCAGACCCAGAUGAUAUCUCAAUGGAGACGAUACACAAACCAAAGCUUUGUAAUGCUGCCUGGUCCUUCACUCAGAUUAACAGUUCACGUUUCUAAACACAAAAUAAUUGAUUUAUCAGUGACUACAGUGCUAGGAGUUACUAGACAUCAAUCUAAGAGAAGCAGGCGAAUAGAGGACGUGAGAAAAAUGAUUGUCGAAGCUUUAAUUUUGUGUAAAUCAGGCCGAAAACUUGUUCUGUUUUCGGGGCAGGUGUUGAACUGACCAGCUGUCCGGCUCACUUUCACUCAGCGUUACUCAACAGCCUCUCCCUCCGUGGAGGACAUGUACAGCUCGCCCCAGUCGGGCUGUGAAGGAGGCUCAUUACACAUCCCUACGACCCGGUGGUGUAGGCGUCACUGCUCGUUGAAACACGAGUUGGGCAUCGGAGUGCUCGUCUCACCGCUGCUCCAUGGAGUAGAUCCAUUUAGCCACUUACUGAACCAUCAGUUAAGUGAAACGGAGAUUUAACAUUUCUGUUUGUUCCAUUCCACAAAGCCCUGCAGUAUUAACUUAAAUGACAAUUUCCCAGAUUUGAUGAGUUGCAUCUAUGUUAUUAAGAAUGAGGAUGAAAUACCACUAAAGGAUGAAUGUUGAGAGUAAUUUGACUGAAACCCACGUGAAAGAAUGUGAAGUAGAGGAGUGAAAACGCUGCUGUGUGCUUGUUCAUUAGAGAAACAUGGAUGAUUGAGUAGAAGGAGGUAGAUUGAAAUAAUUAGUAGGGAAAAUAGGGAACGGUGGAAAGAAAGAAACAGAAGUGAGGAUGGGUUGAGAUGUGACGAGGGAAAAAUGAAACUGAUGGUCUCAGAAAGAAAAGAGGGAUGAUGGUGAAGAGGAAAUAGAUGAAGGUGUUGAUGGAGGCAGGGGAGAGAAAUGGUAAAAACAGAUGCCGUGCAAGACCCCAAUGACGAAGAGGAGAGGAAACGAACAGAGGAAAGAAUGAAAGAUCGUAAAACUUAUGGGCGGGGCUUGCUCUGCAGUUGAAAGGGGGGGGGGUAUGUUAUCGUAUUGACUGAAUGUAGUGACUUUGGAAUUUACUUUACAAUAUCUGUUUUUUUUUCACGCUAUUAUCACUUUUUAUUCUUCCUCAGUAAGUCCAAGUGUCCAGGAAUUUACUGAACGUACAAUAAUGAACCACAUCUGAAGGAGCCUGAUGGUCGACUCAUCGGUCAAGUGUACAAAACUGACACCAAAAUAAUUCUCAUGCUGUCACUCACUCAGUCUUUACUCUUUAAUCCAACCUCCACAUCGGUGAGUGGUGGAGUCCGGGUUGUACCAUGACCUCAAACAAACUGCUAGUUGGGCAGUAAAUGCUCCAAUCUAAUGUAGUCUAAUUAAUCAAUUAAUGUAAGUUCAAGAUCAUUUAAAUUAGGACUGAUUGAUUCACAACUAAUAAUCUACACUUCAGAGUUUAACUCUGUAACUCUGACGCCAUUAUACCAAAAAAGACUCUUGUUCAUUCCAACAAAGUGUUGUUACUAUUAUUAAAGAGAUAGUUCAGUGAAAAAUGAUCACUCUCUACUCACCACUAUGCCGAUGGGGGGGGGGAGUGUUUGAGAAUCCAAUACACGCUCUGGUGUAGAAGUGGAGGUUAUUCCAAAACAAGAGCUCGACCAAUCGCGAGUCAGCUCCAGCUGAACAUGCUCCAGUGUGAUUAGAACCACCUGAAAUAACAGAAACCAUCUUAGAGAAAAACGUAUUUCACUUUUCAGUUUUGGUCCAUGUCACAUUCAGUCCUGUCAUUCAUCUUGAUUUACAUUCUACGGUUUGAAACUUUUUGUUGCUGCGCCUGAAUGCUGGGUGAACAGUCCACUGGGAACAUUCUAUGAAGGUGUUUACUGUUGCUCAGUAAUAUUACUACACAUUUCACAUAUAUGUCAUAUUUAACAUAUUCUUUUUUAAUGACAGUUGUUGUUGUUGGUUUGUGUUUACCAGAGCCACAUGAUGUUUGGUUGCUGUAACUGUGUUACUGUAAGAAAGAUCCAUCUCUCUUCUUCACAGGUUCAUGUUGGUUUUUCCUGUUUGAAAAUUACCUGAAAAUGUAAAUCUUAAUAUUUCCAAAAUUGGGUAAAACAAACAGGACAUUGUGGUGUAGCGUUGUUGAAGGUACUGAGCAUCUGGUGUGUGUCGCCCUCUGGUUUGUGUCAGUACAGGAUGAGUUGCACAAGAUGAAGGUACGAAACCAGAACCCUCUGUUUGAAGAGCGCUGGUACUCCUGGUUCUCCUCGUACAGAGACCAGGGAAUGAAGGAACCAACUAAAUAACCUCUGUCCUACAAGUAUAACAUUUUUAUUACACUGAUUGUAUCCAAAUAAAAAUGCUUUUUAUAAUGUUGUAACAAUAGCAAUGAUUUAUAUUCCUGUUUUCCUGCAUUUUUAUAUUUAUGUAUAUAACAUCCUCUUUUUGCAUUAAAAUAUUCAUUUGAAAACA